CUUCGAAUCUGGCAAGGCUGGUCCACUCUGUGAGUUGACAAAAAUUUUGUGGGCUGUAAAAGCUAUUUUUUGUUCGAUAAAUCUACACACAAGAGGUAAUUAAGUGAAUAUAAGUAAGAUGAGCGACGGCGCAGGUAACUGGUGUUUAAUUGAAUCCGAUCCCGGGGUCUUCACUGAGCUCAUUCGCGAAUUUGGCUGCGAUGGUGCCCAAGUGGAGGAAAUUUGGAGCCUGGACAGCGAGUCGUUCAAGAAUCUGGAGCCCAUCCAUGGCCUGAUCUUCCUGUUCAAGUGGGUGCAUGAGGACGAGCCUGCUGGCAAAGUGGUCCUAGAUCGGGAGAACAUUUUCUUCGCCAAGCAGGUCAUCAACAAUGCCUGCGCCACCCAAGCGAUUCUGAGUCUGCUGAUGAACCUGGAACACGAGGACAUCAAGCUGGGCGAGACCCUAACAAACUUCAAGGAGUUUUGCCAGUGCUUCGAUCCCUACAACAAGGGAUUAACUUUGAGCAACGCCAGUCAGAUCCGCACGGUGCACAACUCCUUUGCCCGCCAGACGCUCUUCGAGCUGGACAUGAAAAAUCAAAACAAGGACGAGGACGUAUACCACUUUGUGGGCUACAUGCCCAUCGGGGGAAGACUGUACGAACUGGAUGGCCUGCGGGAGGGACCCAUUGAUCUGGGGGAAAUUGGGCCGGAGCAGAACUGGAUCGAUGUGGUGCGACCAAUCAUUGAGAAGCGCAUGCAGCGCUACAGCGACGGGGAGAUCCACUUCAAUCUGAUGGCCCUGAUCUCGGACAGGCAGCGCAUCUACGAGCAGCAGAUCGACAAGCUGCUCAAUCCAGCUCCCAAUGCCAUGGACACGGAGGAGGACCGCCAGACGGAGAUCAGCAGUCUGCGCACCUACAUUCAGUACGAGAUCCAGAAAAAGAAACGCUACAAAGUGGAGAACGUGCGCCGCAAGCACAAUUACUUGCCCUUCAUCGUGGAGCUCCUUAAAAUGCUGGGCGAAACUGGCCAACUGAUGCCCAUCUACGAGAAGGCCAAGCAGAGGGCGCUGGAUCGCGAACAGGCUCAGCGCAAAAAGGAGAGCAACUAGGCAUUUAACGUAAAUUUUCCACGUUGGGCAAUUUCAAAUUGCUGCGUUUACAAAAUAAAACAGAAAGAAAAGAUCAGAAAUUCGGUCAAAGAACGAAGAGGAGCCAGUUAAUAUCGCUCAUUAGUAGUUAGAUGAAACUGCCUUUGUACUGUACUUUAGUUUUUAUAUUCACUAUCCUGCUCUCUGCCAGUUAAUCGUACGCAAUUCUGCGUGAUAAGCUAAAUAUACCUAAUAUCUAUAGUAAAAAAUUUAAAUAGAACGCAAAAAUAAACAGUUUCGGUAACGUAAAGAAAACGA